AUGAAGCCAACCAUGUUCCUGACCGCUGCCUUCGCAGCCCUUGUUACUGCCGCAGCUCUGCCUGUUCUUGAGAUCAGCAGCAGCCCAGUCGCCGCCACUUCAGUCUCUGUCGAGAGCGCUUCGACUACCUCUACGCUGACCUCCGAGCUGUAUCAACGCCUGAACGACACCGCCACCUCUGGUGCCACUGUCAGUUCCGUGACUGCGUCCGCAGUGCCCCAAGAGUCCAGCAUUGGAAACCACAAUCUUCACGAUGCCGAUGUCGUCGUCGACGCUUUGACCGCCUCCGACCCUAGCCAGGAGUCAACAGGCUGGGAGUACGAGGAACACUCCAUCAACACACGCUUGACAGACCUGAUCCGCCUCAUCACCUCCCUCGGCCACAUUCACCAGGCUAUCCUUGAGGUGGAGCCACUCAACUUCUCUCCUACCGAGACUGAUGCAGACAGCUACAUCCACAAGUGGAUGUACAGAUACAUCUUUCAGUCAGACGUAGACGCACGCAAGAGCGAAGCUCAAAGCUUGUUGAGGGUGGUACGUCGUCAGUCAUCGCGCGAGGUGCUGGUGUGGGCUAAAGGGCUCAAGUCAGCUGCGUACCAAUUCGUUGGUCGCGAGGUGAAAUACAUCGAGAGUCAAGUCUAUGGGAAGGAAAAGCAGUACGUCAGGGCCACAGUCACAAGUAUGUGGGAUGAGGCAUUUUCUUCGGAGGACAUCGACCUGCUUGUUACCGGCGCUGCCGCGGAUACCUCCUUGGCCCACUCAGACGGGUGCGGGUUAUUCUGCGAAGAAGACGAUGUUGACGAUGCGAUGGACGAGAUGGAUAUCGCCGUUGAAUGUCACUGCAUCCAGGGAUUCGACGAGUGCCCCGUGGCCGGAUGGGUUCUUGAAGCUGCGAAGAAAAUGUGCGAGAAGGACCCAUGGGGGCCUGGAGAUGGCCCGGAUGAUGUUGCUCAAGUUGAGUAG